AUGUGCGCCAGCGCCAGCGCCAGGCUGCACGCGCGCGCCGCGCUGCUGCUGCUCGCCGCCACGCUCAUCAAAGUGUUGUCAUGCGGCGAGGCGAUGGAGGCAGCCGGGGCGGGGGGCGCAGGGCGCGUACGCAAGCGCUACGUGGGGCUCUACACGGGUCCCUACUUCGAUCCCUCCGCGCCUAACAACAUCACGGCACAGCUCGGCACGCACGCUUAUCUGCCUUGCAAGGUGCGGCAGCUCAGCAACAAAUCGGUAUCGUGGAUCCGCCGGCGCGACGCGCACAUACUUACCGUCGACCGGUUCACCUUCAUCGCCGAUGAACGCUUCCAGGCCUUCCUUGUCGAGGCUACUGAUACGUGGACGCUGCAGGUGAAGUACGUGCAGGCGCGCGACGCCGGCGUCUACGAGUGCCAGGUCGGCACUGAGCCCAAGAUGAGCCACUUCGUACAGCUCAACGUCGUCGUGCCAAAGAUCGAAAUCGUAGGCGAGUCGGACCUGUACGUGAAGGCGGGCAGUACGGUGAGCCUCAAGUGCGUAAUCACACAGGCGCUCGAGGAGCCCGCCUAUAUCUUCUGGUACCACAACGACGAACGCGUUCUCAACUACGACCGCAGCCUCGUCGAGAUCCGCAUGGAGCGGCUCGCGCCCGAUACCACGGUCGGCAACUUGAUUAUCUACAACCCGCGCCGCGAAGACUCCGGCAACUACUCGUGUGCGCCUUCUAAUCUGGACUCCGCCUCCGUCGUGCUGCACGUGCUCAGCGGCGAGCAGCCGGCAGCCAUGCAGCACGGCAACGCGUGCGCUCGCCUCGCGGCGCGGCCGUGGCCGCUGCUGGCCGCGAUGGCCGCCCUGCGCCCGCGGCGCGCGCUGCUGCUGCUGGCGCUGGCGCUGCUGGCCCCACUGUGCUGCCACGACGAGGGAGAGCCUCACUAGCGUCCGUCGCCGCGCCUCUCCCAGUGCCGAGUGCAGUCGAGACUCGAGUGACGUCCACCGCUGUGCAUUUGAUGCCCGGCGGACUAAGUUUAAAACUACCUGUAAAAAUUUCAAAUAUUAUAUUGAUCGCAUUACGAGCUCGGAGGACGGGCGCGCCGCCGGCGCCGUCGACGACGUGAUACGACUCCGCCAACCGCGGACAAGAACGUCGCGAAGUUGUUCGUAUCGGUAUUAAAAUUCAUAUAACCGGAGGCGACCUCUGUAAAUACUAGGGGUGCGCGAGCGACGGGGCGGCGUACCGAGCGACAACGGCGCCGCCGGCCUCGCGCCCCUCUCUUUUGUAAAGUGUACAUAACGUUACGAUAAACAUUACUAUUAAAUAU